CCCGGCGCUUCUCGUUGCCAGGCGGGGGUGGGAGGCCCAUUCGGCUGGCUGCGGGGUAAGAUGGCGGAGGGGGUGCUGAGCCCCGGGGUGAACCUGGAGGCUUUCUCCCAGGCCAUCGCCGCCAUCCAGGCGCUGCGCUCCAGCGUCACCCGGGUGUUUGACUGCCUGAAGGACGGGAUGCGGAACAAGGAGACGCUGGAGGGCCGCGAGAAGAGCUUCGUCGCCUGCUUCCAGGAGAGCCUGCACUCGGUCAGCCGGGACUUGAGGUGCGUGCGGGGCCGGCUGCCCGCCGUCAGGGGAACCGGCACGCUGGAGAGAUGUGAGCUGGAACGUCUGAGCAAUCUAGUAGGCAAACCAUCUGAGAACCAUCCUCUCCAUAAUAGUGGAUUGUUGAGCCUAGAUCCUGUACAGGACAAAACUCCUCUCUACAGUCAACUACUUCAGGCCUAUAAAUGGUCAAACAAGUUGCAGUACCAUGCAGGGUUAGCGUCUGGCCUUUUGAAUCAACAGUCUUUGAAACGUUCUGCCAACCAGAUGGGAGUAUCUGCAAAACGGAGACCAAAAGCCCAACCUACAACUCUUGUUUUACCACCUCAGUAUGUUGAUGAUGUGAUCAGCCGCAUUGAUAGGAUGUUCCCUGAAAUGUCUAUCCAUUUAUCCAGGCCAAAUGGAACCUCUGCAAUGCUUCUGGUUACCUUAGGAAAAGUGCUAAAAGUGAUAGUGGUGAUGCGGAGUCUCUUCAUUGACCGGACAAUAGUAAAAGGAUAUAAUGAAAAUGUCUACACUGAAGAUGGCAAGGUUGAUAUAUGGUCCAAAUCCAACUAUCAGGUUUUUCAGAAGGUGACAGAUCAUGCAACCACUGCUUUAUUACAUUACCAGCUGCCCCAGAUGCCAGAUGUGGUGGUCAGAUCCUUCAUGACCUGGUUAAGAAGUUACAUAAAGCUGUUCCAGGCUCCAUGCCAACGCUGUGGAAAGUUUUUGCAGGAUGGCCUUCCACCUACAUGGAGAGAUUUCCGAACGCUUGAGGCUUUUCAUGACACUUGCAGGCAGUAGUAGCACGACCCAGUCACUGUCUUGCAAGAAGGCAAGCGAAUGGGACUUAUGAACAGAACAGGCCUUCAGAUGAGCUCUGAAGAAUGCUGAUGGUUCAUUAGUUGAUUCCCUUUCUGAACAUUAAUAUGCACCAUUCCCUCCUUUAGUGAAGUUUUCUUACUGAGUAGUAAAGCAGCACUAUGCAUUUGGCCGUUAAAAAAUAAGUCUCUGUCCAAGGUACUAAUGAGGCUUUUAUUUUAUUUUAUUUUAUUUUUACUUCAAUUAAUGCACAAGGGAAAAGGUGGGAAAAAGCUACUGUUAUAGGCACAUCAUAUGUGGUCAUAUUGGGGUGUUCGUGCUGAAGUCCAUUCUCUGGGAACUGUCAGUUGUAGUCAUUGUCAUGAAUAACUGGUAUUUUAAUGAGAAUAUCCAUGUACAAUGUACAUUUUGCUACAGAAUUCACAAUGGAGGCAAACUUAUUUUUGGUGAACUAUAAAUAACUUUGUAUUAAAAAAGUACGUGUCAUUUACUUUGUUACUCUGUAACACAAUUUAGGUUCAUUUUGUGUGUGUUUCAGAGUUUUUGACUUUUUAAAAACCUGGAAUAAUUAAAAAACAGUGCAAUUAGAAUUUUUUUCUUUGCAAGGAUGGUUCUUUGUGCUGCUCUUAUUCUGGAAGAGAGUAUAGUGUUGAUAAACAUGAAAUUUCAAAGGCAUGUGGCAGCUUGGAAGAUGGAUUGUACUU